AUGUCUUGUGCAGCUAAAUCAUUCCAAGGAUUCGCACUCGAAAAUGGAGCAGCGGGGGAGUUGAAGCAGUUGGAUUCACCUUUCAAGGCGGUACGAAUCAAUGCCUUGGUAUAUUUGCCUGUUGAGGAGGUGGGAAUCUUAAUGUUUAUUGGUGGUGAAGUGCCUUCUGUCGUCAGUGAGUCUAAUGCAACAUAUACCUCUAAUAGCUGGAACUAUGCCCAAGUAUACGAUAUUUCUGCGGGUAAAUGGUUCCACCACCGCACUUUGGACACUGUCGUACAAAGACGGACGGAAUUAUGUGCCAUUGUGCACCAUGACGCGUCCUCUACCACGUGUUAG